UGGUGAGUUCAGAUCACGUUAUCGAGAGAUUCCACACACUGCACUGGAUUCGAUGUGCAGUGUGGCACACAGACUCAUAAGUAGACGAUUGGACGGUCGCUUCUAACUAGUAUGCAAUAAAAUGAUUCUCCUCUGAUGCACAGUUGCAUACAGCCUAAUCAACAUUGGGUUUCAUGGGUUGCUCCUGGUUGGUCUAGAGCCUCUCUGUCAAGAUGCGAUACUCAGGCAUGACGUGGAUCCCGAUACUGUUCUGGCUCGGAUGUGCCGGCUACACCCGGGCACAAGGGGCUAAUUUCUGGAACAACCAGGCCCAGAACACGCUGAAGAAAGCUCUGAGCAGGGAGGCCAGCCUGAACCGCAACGUGGCCAAGAACAUAGUAUUUUUCGUGGGGGACGGCAUGGGUGUCUCCACCGUGACGGGGGCCCGGAUCUUCAAAGGGCAGCAGGAGGGCAUGACCGGGGAGGAGACGGUCUUGGCGUGGGAGAAAUUCUCUAGUGUUGCCUUCUCAAAGGCCUACAACACCGAUCGGCAGGUACCAGACUCUGCCGGUACGGCCACUGCGUUUUUUUGCGGAGUCAAGACCAAGUGGCAGCUGGUGGGAUUAGAUGACUCGGCCGUAGUGGGCGACUGCCGGUCCAGCUUGAACGCUGCAGUGGACUCGGUCAUGAUUGAUGCUGAAAAGGAAGGGAAGGCAACGGGAUUCGUGACAACUACCCGUGUGACUCACGCCACUCCUGCCUGUUUGUACGCGCACUCGCCGGACCGUGAAUGGGAGAACAAUGGGGACAUCCCGGAGAAGGAGGCUGCGUUGGGAUGCACCGAUAUCGCACAUCAACUUGUCACGCUGGGGAAGAACACCAAGGUCAUUUUGGGCGGAGGUCGACGAGAGAUGACACCUACUAACUUCAGUGACUACGAAUAUCCAUUCUUGAAAGGCCGACGGACAGACGGAAGGAAUCUCAUAGACGAAUGGCUGGCUAGCAAAGAUUGCCAAACAAGUCACUUCGUGUGGAACCGGGAACAGUUUGAUCACGUAGAGCCGGAGAAGACAGAGUAUCUUCUCGGUCUGUUUGAGCCCAGCCACAUGCAGUAUGAGGCUGAGCGAACUGACGAACCAUCCAUCGCCGAGAUGACAGAGAAGGCCAUCAGGAUCCUGCAGAAAGACAAAGACGGUUUUUUCCUGAUGGUCGAAGCCGGUCGUAUAGACCACGCCCACCAUAGCAGCUUUUCAGGCCACGCCUUCAAGGAAACGGUGGCCCUCGAAGCUGCUGUUACCAAGGCAAUGGAGCUGACCAAUGAGUCAGACACACUGGUGAUCGUCACUGCUGAUCACAGUCACACAAUGACCAUAAGCGGCCAUUCAAGCCGGGGCAACCCCAUUUUAGGUCUGAGUGACUUGGAAAUCGGUGAUGACAAUCUGCCUUAUACCACGGUCAGUUACGCGAAUGGACCGGGGGGAGCUGCCGAGCUAAAGAGCUACAAAGCCACGGGAAAACGCCGCAGGCUCACCGACAAAGAUACAGGAAUUCUGAGGUUCAUUCAGCCGGCUCUUGUCCCCAUGAGAGGAGAAACACACGCUGGGGAGGACGUGGCUAUCUACGCCAACGGGCCAAUGUCGCACCUCUUCCACGGUGUCCACGAGCAGAACUACAUGGCGCACGUUGUGCGCUACACCGCCUGUCUGGGGGACAAGAAACACUGCGAGGACUGCAACGAUGUGGAGGGGCAGGGCCGUGACCACGGCGAUACCUAAAGGGGGCGUUCCAAUGGUUACAGUGUUUGUCAGAGUUCGGAUGGUCCUUGAUUUGUCUGAAUGAUAUGUCUUUACAUUCUGAACGAAAAAUAUGGACAAAAAGGUGAAGAUGAGAUCUACAAAUAUCCCAUAAUGAAACAACCAAAAAAUACUAUGUCCCGUAGACCAUAGUGCCAACUCGGAUUAAUUAUGUUUAGUGAAAACAAUGCAUGAAAUAGCAGUUGAAAUUGCUACUUGACCGUUAAAGUUGUCAAUUUGCUGUGGUCUUCUUGCAUCAUAGGACUCUCUUCAAGUUUUCAUUCGGUUUCAAGUAUAGCACAUCAUAAUUCUCCAUAGUGUGCCCAGGCCACCAGUAGAGGAAUGGUUUUCAAAGUGGGGAGGGGGGAUAUCAAUAGACCACUAGGCAUCAGCCAUUAAUAGGUCGAUCCAUUGAGCCCAACACAAUUAUAGGCCCUAGCCUACAAAAAUGGCCAGGGCAUAUGCAUGAUGGAAACGGGAUUUUAGCUUAAAAAUUAACACUUCGUGAAAUACGUCAUGUAAGUGUUUAUGGGGAUUGUUUUUGUUUUUUGAAAUUCUUGGUGGUGUGAAAAAAUUCAUCCCGAUUUUUCAAAUCUACCUAUUACCUCUUGAAAAGAUAAAAGGUGUUUAUGUAUAUUGCCAAAUUUGGGGACUUCAUGGGGGGCUGGAAAAAAUGAUUGAUGUUGAUAUUUCCAUAGUUUACUUCCUAGUGUAUGAACAUCUGUGGUUUUGUGGAAAACAGUGUGAGAUCAAUCAAACUUUUGGCGACGGGUGUUAAAAGAGGAGUGGGAGACUGGGACGCUUGGGUCUUGGUACCCAAUUAUGGUUACCUCCUUCAAAAUUUGAAAUAAAUAGGCUCACAAGGUGUA